AUGCAACCAGCUGUGGAUGAGGAGGAAUACCAGAACUACCGCAGGGCUGCAAAGCAGCACUGGGAUAUGAUGAAGCAGUACUAUGAGAAUGUAAGGGGUUCCAAGAUGAUGUUUAUUUGUCUACGUUCUGCUGAAAAAUGCAGGCUGUUGAUGCUUUUAGGAAGGGUAACCAGAAAGAAGUCGAUUGUCUUAUACAUGAAAAAAACAGAGUCCAGAAAUGAAUUGUGUCUUGAUCUACGCACACAAGAUGCAGCAAACGUAUCUAAUCUCUUGAGACUUCAUCUUAAACAGCUGGCAAACAUUCCAUCUUUUGAGUACCUUAAAGUUAUUAUUGGUGUUGAUGACGGCAGUUUCAAGAUGGGACAAAGAAGAAGAAAGGUGAUGAAGUAUCUGGAGAAGAAUUCAAUCCAGUGGACUGAAGAUGAACCCCACUCUGGGAACCUCCUCAUCCGGAUUAAUCAGGUGGAAAACCGGCAGUUAUCGGUUGAUGUACAAUGGAGGGACACAAACUGACAGAAGAUGAUCAUA